AUGUCAGGAACAACUCCCGCUGAUGUCAAUAGUGCACAAAGAAAGAGCAACGUUGUAAACCAUUUUCAUCAUUCUUCCCUUUACGUUGGAGAACACCUGAAACAACAAAAUAAGAAAAUUGGUGAAACGUAUCUUUUCGACGAAAGAGAGUAUCUAGCACUUGGAGGGGCAUUUCCUUUGAUUGUAAAAGGUGUGGGUGUUAUUGGCACUAUUACUGUUAGCGGAUCAUCACAUUUGGAGGAUCAUGAACUCGUUGUGAUGACAUUGAAAGACUUCUUCGGACUAGAAAAAGAAGGAAAAAACAAAGUUGAAUAA